UGGUUCACGUCGCUCCUGUUGCUGAGCUCAUAAGUAGCAGAGAGAAAAGGCGAUAAGAGAGCAGCUGCUGUCAGGAUGUCUCAGAUCAGCUUCAACGGCGCGUUUAUUGCUGCAAGUUCAUUCUUUAUCCUAUAACUCUCUAUAUGGGCAACUUCAAGCGUCCCUCUGUCCGCUUUUCCAACAAACUCAAUACAAUUUGGGGAUCCGGGGAAGGCUGCUGCUCCUGACAGGUGCGCGCCGUGCCCAGGGGAGGAUGGGCAGACGUGAAGCGCACAGCAGAGGCGCGAUGAACCCCAGCCACCUCUCCGAGCUCGGCUGCCUGCAGGACUCGGCAUCCAGCGGCCACCACCAGCACGGCGGCGGCAGGGAGCAGUUCCGGAGGACGGACAGCGGUCAUCCGUGUGGCGCAGACAAGCGACAAAGAAAGCCGGAUCCGGUGGCCGUGGGGCGCGCGUCGUCCGCGGGGGCCGCGCCGGCGGAGGUGAAGAAGCACCAGCAUAAACACAACUUGAAGCACCGCUACGAGGUGAUGGAGACGCUGGGGAAAGGCACCUACGGCAAAGUCAAAAAAGCGGUGGAGAGGGCCAGCAUGAGAACGGUGGCGAUCAAGUCGAUCCGAAAAGAACGCAUUACUGACAACCUGGAUCGAAUUCACAUCCAGAGAGAGAUUGAGAUCACCUCCUCACUCAGACAUCCAAACAUUAUACGCUUCCAUGAGGUGUUUGAGAGCCGGGAUAAGAUCGUGAUAGUGAUGGAGUACGCCAGCAGAGGGGAGCUGUACGACUACAUUCAGGAGAGGAAGCGACUGCCAGAAACAGAAGCCAGAAGCAUCUUCCAACAGAUUGCUUCUGCUGUCCACUACUGCCACAAGAAUGGUGUCGUGCAUCGAGACCUUAAGCUAGAGAACAUCCUUUUAGAUGAAGAUUUAAAUGUAAAGCUGGCUGACUUUGGCCUUUCCAAUAACUUCCAGACAGGCUCCCUGCUGCAGACCUACUGUGGCAGUCCUCUCUAUGCCGCUCCUGAGAUAGUGAAGGGGCUGCCGUACACGGGGCCAGAGGUGGACUGCUGGGCACUAGGGGUGCUGUUGUAUGCUUUGGUGUACAGCAGCAUGCCGUUUGAUGGGGCCAAUCACGCUAAACUAACAGAGCAGAUCUGCCAAGGCCGCUACCGCAGACCCAACCCCCCAUCAGACGCCUGUGCCCUCAUCGACUGGCUGCUGACAGUACGCGCGGAUGAGAGGGCCACCAUCGAGGACGUGGCACACCACUGGUGGGUGAACUGGGGCUAUGAAGAGAGCGUGUGUGACUGUCCCACAUCUCCACACCAAGAAUGCCCUUCCCCCUUGCUGGCCCGCUACAUCGACUGGCAGAAUCAGGUCGGCCCUGCUGGCGAUAUUACAGCUCACCCUGGAAGCCAGACUUCAGAUUCCUCCUUUUGUCCCCAGCAUGCAUCAAACUCUUUUUACUUUGGUUUACCUUUAAAAAAUGACUGCGGAGGAGGAGCAAGGGUCCGCGGAGGAAUUUCAAACCUGAGAAAGUCGCGCAAGGAGAAUGCGAUUCCACAGACCGCCAUGGGACCCUGCGCUGACGUUUAUUCAACAGCUGUUUCUCCCGCUGCUCUGGCCACUUCCGCUCCGGAACGAAGAAAACCCAAAGGCAUACUGAAGCACCAGAGGAGUUUGGAUUCAGUUUUUCACAAAUCUCCAAAGGAAAGUUCUUCCUCGCAAAUGUGCAGCACUCUCCCUCACCCGACGCGGGCGAGGGAGAGCGCUCACACGCGUGCCGAUGUCUCCUCCAAAACUCUUCCACAUCCGUCUACAUUCAGUCAGCCUUCAUCCAAGAUGCCAAAGAAAGGGAUACUUAAGAGCCGGGAGUCAGGUUAUAACUUAGCCCCUGACGGAAGCUGUUCUAGAGAAGGAAAAGAAAGUGAUUUAAGUCAGUCGGGUUCCCCAAAGACUUUCCCUGCUGCAGAAGACAGUCCCACCAUGCGCACAGAAGCAGUUAGGAGACGAAAAGGUAUUCUGAAACGUAACGGUAAGUUCUCUCGCAGUCUGGAUCUUCCUGACGAUCCCAAUUCCUCUGACUGUUCGGCCCCUGCAAUAUUCCCCGAGGUGCUCCAGCAGCUCCUGCGGGCCACGGGGGACGCCGAGGGCCGACGCAGCCGCCCUUCCAGCGUGGUCAGCGAGGACAGCCUCUUCUCUUCUGAUUCCUUUGAUCUGCUGGACCUCAGCGCUCAGUCACAGCGCAGGGUUUUCUCCCAUGGGAGGCAGGGCAGUGGCUGCAGCUCAGAGGAGAACCUAAGGCAGACGGGAACAGAGUCGGGCGAGGUCGAAGGACACAGAGGACGACAGAAAAGCUAAAUGUGAAUAAUGAAUCAUUAAAUCAUGCAACAUGCACCGGGUAUGUUGAAAGGAGUGAAGGACUCUGCUCUAUGGAAAAGUUACGUUGCAAUGUUGGCUAUUAUUGGGAAUGUGAAGCGCCAUUUCUGAUCGUAUUUGCCCAUGUACCCUUGUAGAUGAGCACAUACAGGGAAUUGGGGCCUAUGUCCAGCGAUCAUCGGGCAAGAGGCAAUGUACACUCUGGAAAAGUCGUCAGUCCAUCACAGGAGACACACAGGACAGACAUCCAUGCACACUCACACACACUCAUGCCUAAGGCCAGUUUAGAGAGACCAGUUAAACUAACAGCCAUGUUUUUGGACUCGGGAUGAAGCCAAAGGACCCAGAAAGAACCCGUGCAUGCACGGGGAGAGCAUGCAAACUCCAUGCAGAAAGACCCCAAGCUGGGAUUCAAACCCAAGACCUUCUAGCUGCAAGGCAACAGUACUGCCAACAUGCAGCCCUAAACACAGCAUGGGAAAUAGAAAUAGGACCAAGAAAAUGUUAGUUUUUAAAAUAUUUUUUAAAAUUUUUACACACAAGUUACUUGUAGGUGCAUAGUUCAGGCAUUUGUUUACAGUGGUAAAUGUUUUUAGAAUAAGUGGCAACCAUGUCUAAUGUGGUGCACAACUCAACCUAUUUACAUAAUGGCAUUUGCAUUUGAUUUAGUUUGUUUUUAUUUUGGAUGCAAACCCUAAUAAACAGACUUCCGUCUAAUAUUUUAUGCACACAAGUGUGUUUUUACUUCAUAAGCCUUAUGUGAAAUGGAUUCUGGCACACUAGGAUAUUUUUAAGCAGACUGAAGGGCACUUUGUUGUUUCUGAAGAAAACUUUGCCUUAUUACAGCUAAGUUUCACCAUGUUUUCAUCUUGAUUUUUCUUCUUGUACCAUCCUGCUCAUGAAAUACGUUCUGACAGGAAGGAAUAGGGAUUCAUUCAUGACAAAAGCUGUUCAUUCAGCUACUUUGAAGUGAGUUAAAGGCACAUUAUGUCUUAUCCUGCUUCAAAAUACUAAAUAGGAGGCUGAAGUAAGUAGUAAAAGUACAGUGUUGGCUCUUUUAGCACCUAUAUUUAUUCCUUACAGUGUUGACUUUGUGCAAUUUUGCCUAUUUGUACCUACACAGUUGCAGACAAUUUUAUUUUGUUGUGACCACACCUGUGCUGCUGUGGAAAUUUAAGGUGAUCUGUGCAAAAGAUGUAUUGAAUUCAGAUGUUAUGUUUAUAUAACAAAAUAAGGAUAUUCUUUGUGUUUAACUAUUUUAUACUUGUUCUGCAAUGGUUAAUAAAUUAUUUGAAUCAAA